AAUGUUUCAAUGGUACCACCACCCUGAAGUUUUGCCUAGACUAGCAGUCGUCCUGUAAGGAGCCUUGGAAAGCCAGAAAUUCGAGAUCAGAACGUAGCCCUGUAGGCCGACGUGGAAAAGCUGAUUCACGGUAGAUUUUUCAUUUAAUGUGAAAUUCCGUGUACUUACGAUUAGAACCCGAAAGUACUGAUUCAAAAUUUUACUGUUCACCACUGACAACAGAGGCAUAAAAAUGAAUACCGUGACUAAACCUGUCGUGUAUGUUUCUUGGCCAUUAGCACCACUCACUUUGUCUCUGGUUUGCACCUCGCUUGCAGAGCAGGACAUAUCGAGCGAAAUCGUUUCUUCCUUGCCAAAAUCUUUUUUCAAGUUAAUACAGUGGUCAACUUACGACUCCAUCGACCAUGAGCUUACAAAAUCUCGUCCCUUCGAUGUCCUAUCUUCAUCGUAUACUAUUCGCAAAGCUUUAAUCAGGAAACACUUUCUCUCGCGAUGUAUACGUUCCUACAUCACCAAACAUCCCGAAUCUUUGCUGAAAAAUUCUGUUCCUCGAACAUGGGAACUAGACAUUGCAUAUGCCGACGAACUUGAUGAAAUGUGGAGCGACGAACUUUGGGACCUUGGCAAUGAACUAGACUCAGAUAACCCUUUAAAAUCUCAUUGGUGGAUUUUGAAACCUGGAAUGGCAGACAAGGGUAUGGGGAUCAGACUAUUUUAUAGCAAAGAAGCUUUGCAGGAUAUAUUUGAGGAAUUUGAUCGUGAUUCGGAAGGCGAGGAAUCAGAUAUGAAUGAUACUUCUGUCAGUACUUCUCAGCUGCGACACUUCGUCGUCCAGGAGUACCUACAGUAUCCGCUGUUGCUCAACCCUUCUCAUAUUUCUCAUGCCAAGGUCCAAGGCAGUUCAAUGGGCCACAAAUUCCACCUGCGAGUAUACUGUAUAGCUGCAGGUGCCUUGAAACUCUAUAUGUACACUCGCAUAUUGGCACUUUUCUCGUCUAACCCAUACACUCCACCAAACCAAUCCAACGGAUCUAUAGACCUCACGCCACACCUCACAAAUACGUCAUUACAGAUUGAUCGAGGAGAAGCGGGAGUGCGUCUUUUGGAUGAGCUUGCAGGUUGUCAAAUCUUUUCCCUGGCUCAAGAUGUAAAUCAAACGAACGCUUUUACCUCCGGUGACAUUCGUUUUAUCAAAGAUCAGAUGGCCAACAUCCUCGCUGAGACAUUCAAAGCUGCAUUAGAAAUGCCUGUUCAUUUUCAGGCGCUACCCAAUGCAUUCGAAUUAUACGGUGUCGAUUUCUUAGUCUCUCAUGAGCCGUAUGCUAUGGGACCGACAAAAGAUCCACCGAUAAACCCACCAUUUCAAGUGAGACUCCUGGAAGUCAACGCAGAACCUGCCAUCGAAUUGACUGGCGCGCGAUUGACCUGGAUUCUGGAAGACCUGUUCAAGGCCAUAGGUCAAGUUUGCGUACAUCCGCAUUUCUGCGAGAGCACCGAGGAAGGGAUAGACGCCGAAUCUGCAGACUGGGCCGUGGGAGAAGUCCGUUAUAACUUGCAUAAAUGUCUUGAAGUUCAAGUGCGAGGUUCCGGUGGGUGGUAGUGGGCUUCUUGCAACUUUUUCUUUUUUUGGGUCUUAUUAAAAGAAUCGGUAUCUCAUCCUGGAAUAACUCUGAUAGCAGAAAUGUGGCCCAGAUGACCUCACAUAAAAUGUAUCAGAGUUUCGAUUUUCGUGUGUGCUGGUGCUGGCCGUCGUCGACAAAACUACGCAUUGCUGGUGGUGGUGAUGUUGUUCGAAGUGCUUUUGCAAUGAAAAAGAGCAACACAUUAUCACG